AUGAAGCAUACAAAAGAUGAUUUAAAAAAGUACAUUGUAUUAUUAGAAAGACUAGAAGUUUUGUAUAACAUGUAUAAUGAUGUAGAUAAAUAUCCUAAAUACAGAAGUAGAAUACUUAAAAAAUAUAUUAAAAAAGAAUACAAAAAAAUUUCAAAAAGUAAAAAAUUACGAAAAGUUAAGGAUUUACAAUAUUUUUUAAAUAAGUCGGAUCUAAUAUACAAUCUUGAUUUUAAAGAACAUUUUAAAACUAUAAAUAACGAAUUUGAUUUACUUAAGUUUUACGAUAAAAUACUACUUUUUUUUAAAAAAAAAUAUAAAUCUGUGUUUGAGCUUGUAACUGAAACAACUUUGAAUAAAAAUGUAUUCUGUGUAGAUUGUAAACGAGAACUAAAAGGUACAAUGAUUAAAUACCACGUUCAAGGGAAAAAACACAAUAAAAAUAAGAAAUCGGGAAGAUUUUUAAAUUUAAUAGGUAACAAAGAACAAUUAAAAAAAAGUGCGCUUUUUAUUGUUGAUAAGAUUAAUAAAGAAAAGGGGUGUGGUGAUGUUUAA